GCUUGGAGCGGCGUUUCUCUUCGCGUCGCUUCGUCCGGAGCGGGCUGCCCUCGCUUCCCCGGCCUACCGCCUUCCCCAGCGGGCUCUUCUCUCCGUCCUCCCCCCCGGGGCCAGGCGGAGCUCGCCCGUACCCGGCCCUGCUCACCAGGCGGGAGGCGGCGAGGGGAGGCGGUUGCGGGGAAGGGUUGGACCGGCUCCCCCGCUGCCCUUGGAGAGAGACAGGAGGCGUGUGCUGUAAUAUCGCCCUUACACUGAAAGGAGCGAUAAACGAACGCGAAGUGGCAAAACUUUAAAGAACAAGGAAGGGAAAAAAAAAGAGCUAAUAGCUUCAACCUGUGUACUUAAAUCCUCUACUGCUCUCUGAAAUAGCUAAUUAUGUUUUUAUCUCGGAAAGGGUAAGCUCACAUAAUUCUAGUGUCUUUGCAGUGACUUGAAUUGGCUUGGACUUGUUUAAACUGGAAGAUGUGGAGUGGACUCUUACCUUCAGGACUGAAUGAAAGUGAUGUUGACUUAAGUUCUGAUGAUGGAGAUGAAUUGCAUGGUUCCUUUUCAAAGGAAGAUGCAAAAGAAGAUAUUGAAAGAGUUCAGCUUUCUGAAUUCCACAAGAAUGAACCUGAAAGUAAUGACAUCAGUGAACCUGUUGUGAUAUCAGUGGCAGAUGGAGAAAACGAAUCUCAAACGUGCCCUUCUGGAAUUUCUUUAAAUAUGUGGAAUAAAUUUGUGGAGCUUCAGAAGAAAAACCGUGAAAUGAAGAUCCAAGCAAAUCAGGGAAACAAAAGGCGAAAAAGAAAGCGCCACAGAAAAGAAAAACAGAAAAAGAACGAUGAAGUGACUAAGAGUAGUCAACAGUUGGCAAAUGAAGACAAAUGGAAAGAACUUACACAGUACUUUGGAAUCAAUGACAGAUUUGAAUCACCUGUGGAUAGCAGGGCUCCACAAAAGUCUGGCCUUGAACUUAGCAUAGACAAGUCUGUGGCUGAAGGUGACAUUGAUAAGGCUGAGGAGCUGAGUGAUAGAUUAGCCAUUCGUGAGCUUGGUGUGAAAAUUGCCAAAGCUGCUGCUUGCCGCAACUUUGUAAAAGCCAAGCAAGAAGCAGAGGCUGCCCAAGAAGCUCGAAAGAAAAAGAAGCUUGCUUGGGGAUUUGAAGCCAAGAAAAGAUGGGAAACAAAAAGCAACAUGGGAUACAUGUAAUCCAUCCUGUUUUCCUCAGGAGUCAAAUACCUGUUUUUACUUGAAGAAUCUUUGUGGACGACUUCUUAAAUCUAAAAAAACCCCAAAACAAAACCCAACACAUCAAAUUCCUUGUGUUCUCUUAAUGCUGUUAGACUGCAGUAUCUUGUUUUGGCGCUCUCUUAUAAUGUAGCAAAAAACCUAUGUAAACAUCAAUACUAUGUUAAAUAUAGUAUUUUUCUCCAAAAUAUGAAAGUCUAAGAUAAUGCAUUGCAGAAUGCAUUUGGAGUCUGGUAGAGAACUCUCUAAAGUUGGAAUAAAAUACUUGGUCCAAAUGCGUUCUUUGCUGCACUGCAGUUAUAAUGCGUGGGUAUAAGAAGAGGGGUAAGUUUUCCUGCUGAGGUUGUAGAGACUUAAUGCAGUAAGUACUACUUUUCUGAUGGCUUGAAAGUUUGGGGGGGCACUAAGUAAAGAGAAGCAAAAUCACUCUACCUGUUUAAAACCAUUAUUAUUUAUGCAUUUAUGGGCUUAGUAAAUAGAAACAGAAAAAAAUUGGCUGAAAAAGUCCAUCCUCCCUCUCCUGGGAGGAUCUGGUACUGUUCGUCAUGUCCUGGUGCCAUGUUCUUCAGAAUACUUCAAAUUCCCAUUUUCCUUUCCUUCCCAAGAACUCAAGUUUUAAAAGUCCCUGUUUCUUUGAGCAGAUAAAGUAUAGAAAUAUGUAUCUUGAAAAAUAUCUGAAAUAUGUUAUGUUGUGCAGUUAGCUGCACCCAAGAAACAAAUGCAGAUUUUACUCAAGUCAAAUGUUUUACAGAUCAAUUAGGAUUGGAAUGUUUAUGUUAUAAGAUUAUAACAAGAACUGAUGAUAAUGUUUCUUCAAAAUUGUUCUCAGUGAAAAGUAAGGACACAUUCAGAACUAAUAACUUUUCUCCCUGAAGCUCUUGCAUAUAUGUUUAGUUACCACAAUGCCUGAAUUGAAUUGGUAAUGUAAAUGUCAGUUAUUGUUAACCAAGAUUAAUAUGUUUCAGGCCAAAGGUAUGGUAUUAGCGUAAUGGUGAUUUACUGUGUAAGUACUUGAGGCUAAAACAACUUGCCAACAAAUAGCAAUUUGAAGUUUUACGGCACCAAUUGGAAGAGUUUAGGUUUGCAGUCCAACAUGGAAUAGUGCAUUUUUGUUCAUUAGCCCUCAGGAUGUUUGAUUCUUUUUCUUUUUUAGCAGAACAUCAUAUUUCUUUCACAAAGAUGAGAGUUUGCAAUAUGUAAAUCUGCAGUUAGCUGUAAUUAGUUACGAUGACAGAGUUGAAUACAAUUGCCAGGAUUGUAAAUCAGAGGCUAAACAGGUUUCUACAGUAUAACAUCAUAAAUCUCACACUAUGGUUUACAAACUACGUUAGCUUUAGAAACUUUGGUGUGGAAGGAAGCAAGUGAUAUCUCUUAGUAAAGUGAUUAUAAAGGCAAAUUGCCUGUUUACUUGCAUAAACAAGCAGAUUACACCAUGAACCUUUAUCAAGAUUUUCCUCGGUUCCAAAUGUUCCUGUCCAAAAUUUACAGGCAUUCUGUCCAUAAUUUCUGUUAAUUUUUUUAAGCAGCUGGCAGAUGAGUGUUAGAUACGGUUGACCUUUCUGCUUGUUAUAUACUGAAAAGCAGAAUGAUGCUCAUAAUUUUGUGCUGAAAACAUCAGCAGUAUUCCAUUAAACAUUUAAAAGUAGUGUAUAUUAAACAGAUGCUAUAUGUUGUCUUGUAAUAGUUGCUUUUAAUAGUAUUUAUUAGUCAAAUAAAGAUCUUGAUCUAAUUGUAA